CAUAGAUCCAGAUAACCGCAUCACCUCGUCCAUCUAGCUCACACCAACCUCCUUCUAUGACAAGAACAUAGCCGGAACGGAACCAAUCGAGCUCGAGACAACAAAGACGAUUAGCUAGGGAAUCAAUUGCGUCCUGCGGUACCUUCGUAUAGCUAUUGUUGUCUGGCCUGCCUAUGUAGGCACGCGAUGACCUCAUCACAAUGCGCCCCACCAAUGCCCUAGAAAGCGAAGAUACCAAGGAGGCCCAGUGGGAGGCGGCGCGCGGCGCAGCUGUCGGCGCCGUGAAAUGGGGUGCUGCGUCCGCCGUCCUGGGAGGUAUGGGCUAUGUAUUUUCGCCUAUAUACCGGGGCUUGACGAUUCAGUUCAAAGUAUAUCUCCAAAUGUCCGGUAUGAUUGUUGGCAGCAUGAUUGAAGGCGAUUAUCGCAUGCGACAAUACGAGCAAAGGGUGCGCAUGCAACGACGGAUGGCACGAGAUCGUGCUCUCUGGGCGGACUACGAGAAGGAGCUGAUGGAGAUAGAGGAAGAGAAGAAAUGAGGUCUUGUGCUACUACUAGGUAGGCAAAUAGAUGUGCCAUAAUCUGCCACUUUUAAAUUUUUGAUACUCGUCUCAGCUAUGUGAUAGCAACUAGGUAGA